ACACUCGUUUUGUAAAGCCCAAGCGUAGUUGCCUCUACAGAAGAAGCCUUUUUUUAACCGAUGCAACAACGGGUAGAAAGAUGAGACUCGCACCUUUCUUUUGUUUCUUUAGUUUUAUUUGGUUAGCAGAUUGUGCACCACCGACAUGCUACUCCCGAGUGCUUGGCUUGAGCAAGGAAAUAAUGGACCUUUUGGAAAAACUACACAAUUAUCAUCUCACGAAAACCUGCGUGGAGAUUCUGCCCAAGAUGUUUCUGGAUGUGCACAAUUCGUGCAUCGUGACCAAGCUCCGUGACUUCCUCUAUGUUGUGGAGAACCUUCCUACACGGUACUGCAGAGAGCGACCCAGGAUCGUGUUGUUAAAGCGCAAAGUCAACAACCUCUACACAAUUAUCAACAGAAUCUGUUAUCGGGACCUAGUGUAUUUCACAGAUGACUGUGAGGCCAUUGAGACUGGACAGAGUACCCCUCGCUACGGAGAGGACAGGCUCCAGCUGCUGGUGGAAGAGAAGAGAUGAGCCCAUCCAGAGACAAACACACGCACACUCACAUGUGCAAACAGCGCAACAGUGCACGUCUCACACACACACACAUGAAUGGAAGUGUGAGGGUAUGUAAACCCUGUUUCACUCAAAAUCACACACACACACAUACAUAACAUCACACACAACACACAACUAUAGUGGGAAAACAUGCCAACGCUGUUUAUUUUCUAACCUAUGUAGUGGUGGCCUACAGAGUUGAUGUUAUUGGUGAAGUCUCAUGUUAGAUGGCAUGUGUCUGGUUACAUUCCACCAAGUGGUGGAGAACUUUCCACAGGAAAUUUGCUGAAUACCAGCCAUUCCAAUGAAAACCUUACAAUAAUAAACCAAUAAGAAAUGUUUGUGAGCCUCGCUUACCGCUGCUUACUUACCAUACUGUUCGAAAGGGAAUGCCUAAUUUAUCCAAAUAUGUUGUUUGCUUCCAUAACCCUUCGUACUACUAAGCUGUCUUCAGGCUUGCACCUACCUAGUUCCCAGCCUGUACACCCCUGAGAACAGAAUGAUUACCUCAUGCUUGUUGUUUGAUUGUAUGAAUAGGCCUACUCUUUAACCUUUAGUUGUGUAUCUUGUUUUGAUGUAGGCUAAACUUAAUCAUGAUCGCGUUUUCUAUGUAAUUGGAUCAAUAUAUACGUUUGUGUAGUGUAUUCCUUAUAUGUUUGUAAUAAAACAACUAUAUCUCU